UACUCAUCUGGGGGUUCAGGUAAGAGGGCCCGGCCGGGGCGCAGAGCCGACACACCCUGGGGGACCUCGGAGGAAGCAGGACGGAGCCGCCAUGGAGAAAAAGCGCAGCCCAGGGAUCCUCGGGGCCGCCGUCCUGCUGCUGGCCCUGCUCGGCCCAGGUGCCUCGGCUCUUCGAUGCUACAGCUGCAUCCAGAAAGCCGACCAAGGAUGUUCCCUGGAGAAGAUGAAGAAGGUGACCUGCCCUGCAGACCUGGGGGUCUGCACAGAGGCUGUGGGGGCUGUGGAGACCAUUCACGGGCAGUUCUCGCUGGCCAUCCGCGGCUGUGGAUCGGGACUCUCGGGAAAGAACGACCGGGGGCUGGACCUGCACGGGAUCCUGGCCUUCCACCAGCUGCAGCAGUGCGACAAGGACCUGUGUAACGACCAGCUCAACCUGACCUCGCACCGCCUGAACCCCAGCGGGAACGAGAGUGCCCACGAGCCCAACGGAGUGGAGUGCUACAGCUGCGUGGGGCUGAGCCGGGAGGCGUGCGCGGGCUCCAAGCCCCCCCUGGCCCAGUGCUACAACGCGGGGGACCGGCUGCACAAGGGCUGCUUUGACGGGAAUGUCACCCUGACCGCAGCCAACGUGACCGUGUCCUUGCCGGUCCGAGGCUGCGUCCAGGACGAGAGCUGCACCAGAGACGGGCUGACGGGCCCCGGCUUCUCCCUCAGCGGCUCCUGCUGCGAAGGCUCGCGCUGCAACGCCGACCUCCGCAACAAGACCUACUUCGCUCCCGGCAUCCCUCCCCUCGUGGUGCUGCCCCCGCCCACGACCGCCCGCCCCAAUUCCACGGCCACCAAGCCCUCGGCACCCACCCCCGCUUCCACCGCGACCCCGGCCCCCUCCACCCGCCGGCCCCCAUCCACCACCCUCCAGGCCCCCGCCACCGAGCCGGCCUCUCGCUCCGAGACCCCCGUGGAGACUCUGCGCGAGGAGGGAGGGGCCGGCAGGGGGGCCGUCGGCCACAGCGACCGGAGCAACGUGGGGCAGCUGCCCCCUAAGGGCGGCUCCCAGCACCCCACCAACGGGAGCCCCGGGACCCUGGCCCUGCCGCUGGCGGCGCUCCUGGCGGCCCUGGCCGCCAGCGCUCUCCCGUGAUCCCCCCGCCCCUCCUCCCUCCUCGUGGCCCUGGGACACCCUUCCCGGAACACAGACUCCCUUCUCUUCCCCGGGCUGGGCCGGUCCCACCCCAAGCCAGCCUCUCCUCGUCCCGCCCCGCCAGGUCGAGCAGGUCUCACGGCCUAAAAAAUAAAACCACCGUGUAUUUAA